CUUGUCAAACUCCCCUCUCUCUCUCUCUCUCUCUCUCUCUCUCUCUCUCGUGCUCCUCACUGCAAAUGUCUCAAUACUUCGUAGAGUCUCCCAAACACUGCGCAAAGAAAGAACUGAACUUGGGCAAAUUUCGCUACAAGAAGCUCUUCUACUUCUUAUCUGCGUUUGUCUUCCCCUUUCUCUCAUUCAUUUUACUCAUUUGGCUCAUCUUACGCCCCUCAAAGCCUGACUUCUCCCUCAAAGAAACUAACGUCUACCAGCUAAACCUCUCAUCAGGCUCUCACCUUCUCAACUCCUCUAUCCAACUCUCUCUCUUUGCAAAGAACCCAAAUAAAAAAGUUGGCAUUUACUAUGAUGAGCUACAAGUUUAUGCCGCUUACAAAGGACAACAGAUAACAACCUAUACCUCUCUUCCACCAUUCUACCAAGACCAUGAAGAUAGUAAUCUCUUAUCAGCUUCUUUGGUUGGAACAGGCUUGCCUGUGGCUCAAUCUUUUGGCUAUGAAGUUGGACGUGAUCAAACAGCAGGCAGACUAAUUCUGAACCUCAAAGUGAUUGGCAAGCUUCGCUGGAAAGUUGGAACUUGGGUUUCUGGGAAGUACCGUUUUAAUGUCAAUUGUGUUGCAAUUAUGGCUUUUGGACCAGCUAUUCCAACAGGUCCACUGACUUCAAAGCAAGGGACUCUGUGUUCUACUACUAUAUGAAAUUCACUAACAUGAUUAAUUAUUACCCUCUAGUGAGUUGUUUACAUUUUUGGUUUUUUUUUUAUUAUUAUUAUUUUAAUUAGCUUCUGUUUAUGCAUUUGGGAAUGCUAAAUUGAUAAUUCAGUACCUCUUUUUGAUAUCUACCAGUGAGAGUGGUAGGUAUUAAACUAUCAAAAAAAGAGUAUACUAUUAUCACUAUAGCACUAUCAUAAGUCAUAAUGUAUUUGAUGGUUAUAAUUAAACGUUGUAUAUAUAUCAAUUAUGAUUAUAAAGAAGAUUGAAAGAAUGAAAA